AUGGCUUGCCUAGGAAAGAUAGGCAAGGCUCAAGUGACGCACACAUCUCGGGCCUUCGGCCGGCCGCUCAGCAUUCGCAGGACAGCGAACAAUGAUGGUCGAACUUCGAGGUUCAAGAGAUCCGAUGCCUCGCAGACUGGACCACCAGUACGCGCUGAUGGCGAAAAUACCCCGACCGAGCCAACGUCGACACAGCCCGAUUCUCCAGAACCCGCCGCAUCCAGCCACUCUGCGACAACCUCCCAACCCGUUGGAUCGUCGUCUUCGGGUCCCCAAGGGCGGCCCAAUCCGAAUUUCCAGAUGCCGCCAAAGGCGCGAAAGCCCGUGGACACGUCGAGCAAGGAAUAUAAACAAUUUGCGAGCAGAUACGUGCGCCUUGUUGUUGCGUUGCCGUUCUUCUUGGUCACGUCGUAUUUCCUCUACGAAAGACAUAAAGUCGAGCCGCAGCUCAGGCUCCGAAUUGUUGCCGCCGGUUCGUCCUCAACACAGGAGCCGAGCUCUGGUGAUAAGUAG